GGCGCAUUGAAACAUGAGCCGAUUCUCAACGCAUUUAUACCUCAGCCAGGUGCGGGCUACUACCAAAACAUCUCCCCGGUUGUCUUCAAGGCCAGACCCUACAUCAAUGCCUACCUGCCCAAUGGGCCUCAGAGAACAACGGUUAAACAGCGGUUCCAGCCGAGCCCGAGGCUAGAGAGUGUUCAGCUAGCUCAGGUGCCCCCGGGAAUUGCCCCCGCGAAUAUUUCGAUGCACCCCAAAAGGAAAACUCGUGUAACAACGACAUCAUCUGCUACGCCCGGCCGCUUCAUGACGGCACAUGCUCCGGGCCGCUGGCUGAAAGACUGGUCCGCCGAGUACAGACAAGACCGGAGGAGCCUGACACAUGCAUCUCCUUACCAUGCGAUGACCUGUGCCGUGGCAGCCUCGGCUCGUCUCGAUCUCCCGAGUCUACACUGCGAAGAGUUGACACGAAACGCCGCAGUUGUUCCCUGUAGUGGAGAGCUUCAAUGAAGCGGAGAGCAUACCGGGCUCUGCUACCCGCAGCUCAGGGCCCGGACCAGGAAGCUGCCACGGCACUGCCUCCGCCAAAGAAGCCCAGAAACCUGCGGAUCGCGUGCGAGGCAUGUCGUGGCAAAAGAGUGGCUGUAAGACCUGUCAUGAUUCACAAGAACCUCCCCUUCCUCUCUAAGCAGAAGUUGAUGUUUCCAUACGUAGUGCGGCGGCGAAAGGCCCAAAUGUGGGCCAUGCCUGAAGCGAGGAGGAGAGUGUGUCUAUCGAGAGCCCAUUCAGAGCCCGGGCAGCGAAGUGGACGCGUUGCAAAAGGAGCGUGACCAUCUCAAGACAAAGCUCAGCGGCCAUGCCAGGCUGCUCGAUCAGUUGAAGAACUUGCCGGAGGACGAGGCCCUCGGCCUACUUCAGCGACUACGAGCGACUUCCUCCUCAGACUCGCCUAACGCCCUCUCGGAGAUGAGUGGUGGCAUGCACAAUCGCCUCAGGCCGUCUAAUAAUCUUGCCGCUCGGGCCAUGUCCCCAGUGGUAGACUCAGGCCUCGAGCACGAACUCGCUGCUCGGCAUGCUUUGAUCUAUCCCAGGCUGGAGCCCCUCGACGCCGGCCCUCUCAAAAUCCUUGUCGAGUCUACCUUGUUCAAGUUUCGUCCACCGCGGGUCGGACAGUCUAACUCAACGAACUCAGUCCUCGCAGUUCACCCGGCUGCCCCCCUGCCCUUGGACGGGAAACCCGUACACCAACGUGUACAAGAUCCUACUUUCUUCACCUCUGCAGGGGCCCCUCUCGGACCAGUACCGCCGCAAGAAUACUGUGAUCCGCGACUCAGCCGUCUGCAGAUUGAGUUCUGGACCAGGGUUCAGAUUCCCAACGAGCUUGCUGCAUCGCUGAUAUCAUUCUACCUGGAGAAUGAUCAUCCUAUUAUGGCCAUGUUUGAUGCAGACCUAUUCCUGGAUGACCUCGUUGACCAUCGCCUGACGUACUGCUCUGCAAUGCUGGUCGCUGCGUUGCUAUAUCUCUCAUGUCAAGCGUACACGCGAUCGGACAUUCGCUCCUCAUCGUUUGUGCCUGGAUUUCUGGACGAAGCCAGGACUUUAUGGCGCGCCGAGCAGAGUCCCGACCUCGUUGGGACGCUUGCAGCAGCAGAGCGGAUCACUGACCCCAUCACGACGAUCGCUGCCGCCGAGUUGAUGGCCCUUGGCUGCCAAGUGAACGGCCAGAAUGAGCUCGGCUACGAGUUCUUGAACACAGGUCGCCGAAUGGCAGAGCAGAUAGGUCUUAUCAACACGCCGCCAACAAGUCCAAAGCUUCAGUAUAUGAACGAUAAGCCGCCACAAUGGAUCAGCGCAGCAUCUCACGUCGCUUGGGGAACGUACAACUGGCUCAGUGUCCAUGGACUGUACUUUCGCGAUCCGCCGAUUGCUCAUCCACCAACUCUACCAGUCCCAGCUGAGCGGCUAAGCAGCGUCAGUCGACUGCUCUAUGGCUCAGAGAGGGAGGAAGACUCCCGUCUGCCACCAGCCUACAUGGGAUCUACCUUCUCUACCAUGUGCAGAUUUUGGACAAUCGUGCAAGAGGUUGCCGUAGUGUAUUUCAAACAUGACAAACGGUCCCUUUCGCAACGUGUCCCGCUCGCAUUCGCCGAGGCAAAAUACCAAAAGCUUUUGGCCUGGACUGAUACCCUGGUGGCGGGCAUGGCUCGGGGCGAGUACAGCCCUGGACAUGUUCUUAUCUUCCACAUGAAUUUUCACAGCGUGGUCAUGCAGCUCUUCCACCCAUUCGUGAGAGAACAGUCAUCUUUUUCGAAGCAUAGACUACGAUCGUUCUCCUCGGAAGACAGCUGCCUAGCCAAUGUUUUCAACGCAUCGUUGAACCAGCUCGGCCGGCUCAUGUUCAUCUACCGGCGCUCGUGUGUCUCAGCAACGUGGAGCGUCUUUGUCAACCCGCCCCUCAUCCAACUUGCCGACGCCAUGCUGGCGGAGCGAUUUUCGAAGACCGCGCAUGGGCGGCUAUUCUUCUUGCUUUGCAUCGGCGCAUGGCUAGAUCUACACGAAAGCUACUACUUCUUCUGGGACAUCGUGAAGGGCUUCCUGGCACGGGCCAUGCGGGACGGCACGAUGACCAGCAACGAGGCCAAGUCGCUCAUGGCCGAGUUGCAACGGCGCGGGGCGCACCACGGGGCGCCAAAGCUUGCGUCUUCUUCCAUCAUUAUAGAUUUCGAUCGGGCUGCAGCGAAUCCGGAGGAGGCAAGAUCGAGGGCUAUCGCGGAGCAGUUUGAUGAGUUGGCUUUGCAGGAAGAGCUCACGACUGGGGACUACGAGGAGAGCUGACAGAAUCAUGGGCCUGUUCCUCCAAAGUCCACCAUUCGGUGACUUAAUUCAGGGGCUAGAGGUAGAUGUUACACCCACGUGUCCUUAUGGAAGACAAGGUCAUGAUGGAGCAUGUAUUGCUCCUCAUUGAGUGGCUUACC